AUGUCAGUUUGUUCUCAGUCAGCUCCUGGAGAUCUAUGCAGUCUCAAUUUUGACCAUUCUGUCCAAAAUGAUUUUGAUGUCUCCGAGCUAUUCAAAGCCUCUUUCGGGUCAAAAAUUUUCAGCAACUACGAUGAAUUGACCAACACCGUUCGACAAUUUGAGCAGAAUACUAGAACACGUUUUAUUAUACGAAGUUGUCGAAAACGCAUCCCUCUUGAUGAUCUUCUUUAUGAUACCAUCAGUUUCCGAUGCCAACAUUAUGAUGUGAAAAGGAAGAGCUCCUCCUUGGGAUUCAGACGCACUAGGACAAGAUCACUGCUUUAUUGCCCCGUCCGGUUUUUCGUGCGAGCAACAUCUGAGGGCUUGAUAGUUACCAGCUUUUUUAUGCAGCACAACCACCCCCUUUCUUGCGAUCUACCUGACUGGAAACGUAUCGGGAAUCAGUUGCGUUUAGGUCAGAUUACCAAACCUCCUGCUUACGCUUGCCUUAAACGUUUGAAGGACUGCAUACGUCGAGAACUUGUCACCAAAGAUCACAAAACGCGGAGACGGUGCGUUGUGUCGUCGUCGACUUCUCCAUCCUCGGACUUUUUAACUCCAGAAUUGGCACACCAUUGCACAUCUGAUCCAUUGCCAACGGUCCUUGCUCGAUUUCGUUUGUUCGAAGCAGGAUACGAACGACGCGAUCCUGAACGCCUAAUAUCGCAGCUGGACUCGCUAAUUAAACGCUUCUACUCACAGCACAAAUCUGCCUCUGAUGCCCUGCGGUUAGGAGGUUCCAAACUAUCUGACGCUGUACGCGAUGUUGUCUGCACGUUUUGUUUCUCACUCGCCUAUCGUGAUAUGUUUGUUUGCCGCUUAUGUUCCUGGCGUGCGCAUUCCAAGUGUGCGGGUAGAGCAGGAGUGUGCGGAACCUGUCCUCGUUGUCCUCUGGACUCAGCUCUUGUGCAUGUGAAAAAUAUACCUGGAGUGGACAUCGGCGGUGCAUUCAGUAAACAGCCUCAAAAUCCUACCGCUCGAAGGGAGACUGCAUCAUAUAAGCACCCUCAGUACAACCCAUCUGGCUUCUCCGGACUCGUUCCUUCAAUUACCGAGUCUCGAGCCUCUGACUCCAUAACCGAAGCCUCAGCCCCAAACAGCACACUGCGAUCCCUUUUGCAUUCGUUAUCCGCUCGUCAGACAACCCCCUACCUUCAAGCCGCUGAAACUGUGGGUAAGGAACCACUGCCAAGAAGCUCUUCUUCUGUUCCACCAGUGGCCCAACCGGAUCCACUCAGUACCCUACGAUCGCUUUUGACAUCUAACCAUUAUGUCCCUACUCCAUCCCUACGGCCGAAUACCCCAAUCACCAGCAGCCUCGCCAUGAAGUCUUCGACUCAAUACAUUUCGUCCACCUCCGCCCAUCCGAUCCAACGACGCAAAUAG